GUCAGACCUGUGCACGCCCUGAGUGUUGCUAGGGCACUGGAGCACGGCAUUCCGUUGGCCGGCUGCUGGAGGGAGGAUGGCGCUGGUGGCGCUGAGCCUGGUGCUGUUAUUGCUCCUGGCCAGGGAUUUGGCAGCCUCUGUGAACAAUCAAUUUGGUCAACUUUCAGAAUAUAGAACACCAAACUGCAAUCAGUAUAAAUUACCAGGAUGUCCCAGAAACUUUGACCCUGUGUGUGGAAGUGACAUGUCCACUUAUCCCAACGAGUGUACUCUGUGCAUGAAAAUCAGGGAAGGGCGUCAUGAUAUUAAAAUAAUCCAAAGUGGACCGUGCUGAUGGAGCAGUUUACAAAAGAGAAAUCGGAGGGACCACCUUCAACCGCAUAGUAGAUGACUUUCAUUUCCCCUUUUUCUCUUUUCCUACGUUUCUAUGCAUGAGAUCUGCUAACCCACAUUUUCUGAGAGAAGGUGUGGCGGAGAACCAUGUGCAGUGACUGAUAAUUAAAACAGAAACCAAAAUCAUUGUUUCUUGGCUUUUACCUCUCCAGUUAAGCUUAUUGCACAGAUGACUUGUGUGUUGCUUUAUUUAGUUGGAAUAAAAUCUGCAUUGUAUUCAA